AUGAGGUUCACGGUGCCCUGCGCUCUUGUUCUGUUGCUUGCAGAUGCCCUAGCCCCAACUCAGAACAGCGCAGGCUCACACUCCCUGCGGUAUUUCACCACCUCCUUGUACGAUCCUGAGUUCCGUAAACCUCGGAUCACUGUCGUGAGCUACGUGGACAACACGCAGAUCUUGAGCUUCGAUAGCAAAGCGGCGAGUCAGCGGGUGGAGCCGCGGGUUCCAUUUAUAGCAGAGGACGGAGAGCAUUUGGAGGAGCUGACACGCAUCAGCAGGCGCAUCUUAAUAGCUGGCCAAGAGACCUUGCUGAUUUCCCUGACUGCAACAGGAUCUCACACUAUCCAGUGGCUGAGUGGCUGUGACAUAGGGCCAGACCACCGCUUCCUUCGUGGGUAUAAGAAUGUUGGUUAUGAAGGCCAGGAUUACAUCUCUCUGACCAAGGACCUGCACUCCUGGAUUGCGGUGGAUACUAAGGAGGCCCAAAUCACCAGGCGCAAGUGGGAGGCAGCUGGUACUGCAAUGUUAUGGAGGUCUUUCUUAGAGGGCACAUGCGUGGAGUGGCUUCUCAAAUACCUGGAUGAAGGGAAGGAGGUGCUGCAGCGUGCAGAUCCUCCAAAAACAAAUGUGACUCAUCACCCCAGACCUGAAGGAGGCGCCACCCUGAAGUGCUGGGCCCUGGGCUUCUAUCCUGCAGACAUCACCCUGACCUGGCAGAGGGAUGAGGAGGACCUGACCCAGAACAUGGAUCUUAUUGAGACCAGACCUGCAGGGGAUGGAACCUUCCAGAAAUGGGCAGCUGUGGUGGUGCCUGCAGGAGAAGAGCAGAGAUACACAUGCCAUGUGCUGCAUGAGGGGCUGCCUGAGCCCCUCGUCCUGAAAUGGGAGCCUCCUUUGUCUCCCAUCAGCCUUAUCAUGGGAAUCAUUGCUGGGCUGAUUCUCCUUGGAGUGUUGGUCGCUGGAGCUGUGGCUGCCAUUGUGAUGAGGAAGAGUGCAGGUCUGUCUGCAACCAAACCCUGGAAUAUUAUCUAUGUGGUCUAG